UUCUCGAUCCGAACAAGCCCUACUGUGAGUUUCUUUUAAGAUAUCUCUGAGGUUAGAGGCCCAUUUUGUUGUGAAUUAGAUGCAGUAGGACAUCAAUUAGGUGAGGAACAGAGAUAUUAAUCCGGACUCUGGAGUCCCUGUCCUACACUUGGCGAGACGAGAAAGGUGACAAGAAAAAAAAUAUAUCGUCAUCGGAGAUGCUCCAUGGCGUCAGCCGCAACGUCGCUGCCAUGGCGAACGUCUUCCCUGACGCCGACGGCAAGAACGAGCGGUGCUGCUGGCUCAAGCGCUCUCUGUGCGCGCUUGUGCUCUUCUCCGCCUCCUACUUCGCCUACUUCUCGUUCUUCUCCGGGAACAACGUCGUCCGCGACCUCCGGCAAUGUCCAUUCUGCGAGCCGUCUCCUCCAUCUCCGCCCGUCGUCGCCGGCGCCGCCGCUCGCUCGCCGACCACCCUUGCGCACAUCGUCUUCGUCAUCGGCGCGUCCAACGCCACCUGGGCCAAGCGCCGGGUGUACACAGGCCUGUGGUGGCGCCCGGGGGCAAUGCGGGGCCACGUCUGGCUCGACGACGAGCCCUCCGGCCAGUGGCGGCCAUCCUGGCCACCGUACCGCGUGCUGAGGCCGGACGAGGCGCGGUUCGGCAAGGAGCACGCGGCCGCGGCGCGGAUGGCGUGGGCGGUGGCGGAGGCGUUCCAGGCGGCCGAGGCCGGGCGGGAGGGCGACGGCGAGGUGCGGUGGCUGGUGAUGGGCGACGACGACACGGUGUUCUUCCCGGAGAACCUGGUGGCCGUGCUGGACAAGUACGACCACCGGGAGAUGUACUACGUCGGGUCCACCUCCGAGAGCGUGGGCCAGAACGUGGUGCACUCGUACAGCAUGGCGUUCGGCGGCGGCGGCUACGCCAUAAGCUACCCGGCCGCGGCGGCGCUCGCCGGGAUCAUGGACGGGUGCCUCGACCGCUACAACGAGUUCUACGGCAGCGACCACCGCGUGCAGGCCUGCCUCGCCGAGCUCGGCGUGCCGCUCACCACGGAGCCAGGCUUCCACCAGCUGGACCUGAAGGGCCAUGUGUACGGGCUGCUCGCGGCGCACCCGGUCGCGCCGCUGGUGUCGCUGCACCACCUCGACCGGCUCAACCCCAUCUCCCCCAACUGGCUCAAGCGGCUGCCCGCCGUCCGGUCCCUCGUCGGCGCGUCACGCCACGACCCGUCGCGCACGCUGCAGCAGGCCAUCUGCUACCACCACGACGCUCGCGGCGGCGGUCGCCGGCGGCGGCGGCGGCGGCAAUUCACCCUGUCCGUGUCCGUUUCCUGGGGAUACAUGGUCCACCUCUACCCGGCCGCCGUCCCGCCGCACGAGCUGCAGACGCCGCUGCGCACCUUCCGCGCGUGGUCGGGCUCGCCGGCGGGGCCGUUCACGGUGAACACGCGGCCGGAGGCCACGCCGAACGCGACGGCGCUGCCGUGCCACAGGAAGCCCAUAAUGUUCUACCUGGACCGCGUCACGGCGAUGUCGACGUCGACCACGAACUGGACCUUGACGGAGUACGUGCCGGAGGUGUUGUCCGGCGAACGCUGCAACACCACCGGCUUCGACGCGGCCACCAAGGUGCAGAUGAUCCAGGUGAUCGCGCUUAAGAUGAACCCUGCCAUUUGGAAACGGGCACCACGGAGACAAUGCUGCAAGAUGCAGAACGCAAACGAAGGGGACAAGUUGAUCGUCAAAAUACACGAGUGUAAGCCUGACGAGGCAACAACUUCAGUAUAGACAAAUGAGAGGUCGCGCGCGCGUGCCUGACUUGGUUAAUCGUGAUGAAGUAAAAAAAAAAACAGUUUUCCCUGAAAGAACGGGAAGAAAGAUUUUGUUUGGUUUCAUUUGUAGACAUAGCUUCAUUCCUUCAUGUGUGUGGGAUACAUUGAUUGUACUAAUGUACUUUUAUCUGACUGCCUUGUUAAUCGAUAAAGAGAUAUCAAGCUAUAUAUUUCUUUUGUGUUUUGCCAAUGCGGCAGAUAAAUACUACUAUCAUUCUGGA